AUGCCUUCUAGAGAUAUACCAGGUCAACUUAGUGGCACCCUCCUCGUUCACGGAGACCGUCCAUUGGGUGCGGAAGUCGUUCCCUCCAUCUCGGUCACAACUACCUUUAGAUCAGUUCCUGAUGGUGAUCCCGCGGGGCUUGCCAACGCAAACCCAUACGGACACGUCUACUCUCGAUAUUCCCAGAAUGUAUCAUCCAAGGUGGACGAGAUUCUUAACAAAGUUAAUAAAGGCCAUUCCAUAACAUAUGCCUCUGGACUAGCUGCCGCUUUCUCUGCAUUGGUACACUACAAACCCAAACGAAUUGCGAUCUCGGGCGGGUACUUGGGUUGUCACGGGGCGAUUGAAAUUUAUUCUAGGGGGAGAUCCGAAAGCACGCCGAUCAUCGGCCUCGACGAUAACUUCCAGGAAGGUGACUUGUGCUGGCUGGAGACUCCACUGAACCCCACGGGGGAAUCUCGAGAUAUCAAAUAUUAUGCGAACAAGAUUCACGCUGUUGGAGGGAUACUACUAGUUGAUUCGACAUUCGGUCCGCCCCCUUUGCAGUAUCCUUUGAAUUGUGGGGCCGAUUGUGUGUUCCACAGUGGGACAAAGUAUUUCGGUGGCCACUCGGACCUUCUCUGUGGCAUCCUCAUUGUCAAAACUGCGGAAGAGCGAGAACAGCUGUGGAAUGACCGCGUUUUUAUGGGAAACAUGAUGGGAUCUCUCGAAGCCUGGCUCCUAUUGCGGUCGCUUCGUACAAUGCAUCUCCGUAUCCCGAGACAAUCCGCAAGCGCGACGGAGCUGGCCCAGUGGCUUAGCAAGGCUGUCAUACCGGAGGGACAGGAGUUCGACGGUAUACCUGGCGGGGUGCUCACGAAAGUGUGGCAUUCAAGUCUCCAGGGUACCGAUGAAAGAGGUUUCAACCCUGCAUCGCAGAUGGAAGGAGGGUACAAUGCCACCUUCUCAGUACUCCUCUCCAAGAAAGAGUACGCAGAAGCUCUUCCUUUCAAACUCGAAUACUUCAUCCCCGCUACGAGUCUGGGGGGUGUGGAGUCAUUGGUCGAACAGCGUGCCAGAGCUGAUCCGAAAGAAAAUCCACUCCUCGUACGACUAAGCAUAGGGGUAGAAGAAGUGGAGGAUCUGAAAGACGAUCUGCGGAAGGCGUUGCAGACAAUUGCUGAGAUGUAG